ACUCUUUUGGAGGUGUUUGCAAACCUUCCACUGAAGGUUGCAGAGCUCCAAAAGCAUCACGAAAUAUGAUAAAAUCUGAAGAGAUGUUUCAGCGUGGUCAGAUAUGGGCAUUAUAUGGUGACAAGGAUCGGAUGCCUGAGAUUUAUGCACAAAUUAAGAAGAUUGAUUUUGCCCCGGAUUUCAGAUUGCAUGUCGCCUCCCUUGAACCCUGUUCAAUGCCCAAAGGCAUAACUGGCGUGGUAGCUUGUGGUACCUUUAUGGUUAAAAAUGCUAAAACUCGGGUCGUUUCCAUUUCUACUUUCUCUCAUCAGUUAAGAGUUGAACCCAGGCAAGAUAAUAGAUAUGAAAUUUAUCCAAGGAAAGGUGAGAUAUGGGCGCUAUACAAGAACCAGCAUCGUGGAUCAACUUGUUCAAACCAGGUUAGAGGUGAUUGUCACAUAGUGGAGGUGUUGGAUGAUGAUGAUGAGAGUUCAAAGGUUGUGUUUCUUGUUCGUCAUCACGACUCUAGGCCAAUUUACAAGACUCCUAGAAUUCAGAGAUCUAAAAAUGUUAUCAUUAAUAUACCACGGGUGGAUGCAUAUAGAUUUUCUCACCGGAUUCCUGCUUUUAAGCACACUGGGGAUGGCGAUACUCAUCUCAAAGGAUGUUGGGAGCUGGAUCCUUCAUCAGUUCCUGGUUUUGUAAUAAACUUAGGGUGAAGCAUAGCCUGUCUUCAUAAGUUGUGUUUCUUUCUGUUUUUUUAAGGAUUUGGAACUCAGCAUCUAUGUCAUUGCAAUGUGUAAAAUUUCUUUUCUCACGAAUCAUGAUCGCUAACAUAACAUCCUCAAGUGUAGUAAGCCCUGCCUAUGUCUUGUUUUAAAUUUUGUAAUAUGGCAACUACCAGUUGUCGAGGUUCAGUAAUUCUGAUAAACCAGCUGCUGAGCUUACGAACCUUUUCCAUGCAAAUGUAUUAGGGAAUGGACUACAAGCUUGCAUUUAUGAUGCUGCGAACUAAGAAUAUUAUGGACAGAAUCCUGAAAUGGGAAUGAUAUUCUGUA